UCGAAACUAUCCUUCCUCCAGUGUCCAGAAGACUGCAGUCCUCCUCUUCCUCGGAACCCCGUCGAGGCUUCGACGAUGAUCUGCUCAAGCUCAAGCUGUCAAAGAAACGGACCUCUUUUGAAUCUCCCUCUCCGCCUUUCUCUUUUGUUUCUGGAAUAAUGACAUCAGAAAAUAAUUUGGAGGUGAACUUGGAAUCUUCUGAGAGGGAAAAACACAUGGCCACGGUAAACCAAGAUGAUGAUGUUUUGGAGCUUGAUGUAGACGACAUCCAAGACACUGCAACAGGAACUCAAGUAGGGACAUCAAAAGGCAAGCGAAAAAGAAGGUUGACCUCACCUGUGUGGCAAUUUUUUGAAAGGUUAGCAGAAAAUUCUAUUGAUGGUAAAAGCCGCUGCAAGUGUAAGAAAUGUGGCGCUAUUUUUAUUUGUGAUAGUCAGUAUGGGACUGGAAAUCUGAAAAAACAUAGUGAAAAAUGCAUUCGUAAGGAUACACGGGAUGUUGGUCAGCUGCUCAUGAACCAUGAUAUGUCUUUGAGAAGUGCAAUAUUUGAUCCCGAACGCUUUCGUGAAUUGCUGAUUGGUGCCAUUAUUUUGCAUGAUCUGCCUCUUGCCUUUGUGGAGUAUGUUGGAAUUAGAUCUAUUUUCUCGUAUUUGCGUGAGAAUGUGCCUGUUAUAUCCCGCAAUACUGCAAGAGCUGAUGUGUUAAAAGUUUAUAAGAAAGAGAAGUCACGGGUCAAGAGCUUGCUUGAGGAAGCUAGUGGUAGGAUUUGCUUGACAUCUGAUUUGUGGACAUCGAUUACUACUGAUGGAUAUCUCUCUUUGACUGCACAUUUUAUUGAUAAAAAUUGGAUUUUGCAAAAGAGGAUUCUGAAUUUCUCUCCGAUGCCACCUCCACAUACUGGCGUGGCAUUGAAUAAUAAGAUUACAUCUUUGUUGGCUGAGUGGGGUAUUGAGGGAAGAUUGUUUUCUAUUACUUUGGAUAAUGCCUCCGCCAAUGACACUUUCGUGGGCUUGUUGAGAUCACAUUUAAAUUUAAAGGAUGCACGCUUAGGGAAAGGUGAAUUCUUUCAUCAACGAUGUUGUGCCCAUAUCAUUAAUUUAAUUGUGCAAGAUGGACUGAAAGAGAUUGAUGUUGCGAUAGAAAAAGUCCGAGAGAGUGUCAAGUAUGUUAAAGGGUCGCAAGUUAGAAAAGAAAAGUUUCUUGAAUGUGUGAAACUCUUCUCUUUGAAUUCGAAGAAAGGCUUGAGGCAAGAUGUCCCUACUCGUUGGAAUUUAACAUUUCUUAUGCUUGAAAGUGCACUCUAUUAUCGUCGUGCAUUCUGCCACCUAGAAUUGAGUGAUUCUAAUUAUAUAAAUUGUCCUACCCCAUUGGAGUGGCAGAAGAUUGAGAAGAUAAAGAAGUUCUUGGGGGUUUUCUUUGAGAUUACGAGUUUGUUUUCUGGGAUCAAGUAUCCAACCGCAAAUCUAUUCUUUCCUUCCACUUUCAAAGCAUAUUUGAUGUUGAAGGAGUUUAGUGAUGGGACAGAUGAAGAUUUGGGACCAAUGUCGUUAGGGAUGCUUAUGAAAUUUGAAAAAUAUUGGUUUGAAUUUUCAGUAAUUUUAUCAAUUGCGGUGAUAUUGGACCCUAGAUACAAACUUGAGUUUGUGGAUUGGAGUUACAGAAAGUUGUAUGGUAGUCAAUCUUCAGAAUUUCAGACUGUUCGAGACAAAUUAUUCUCAUUUUAUGAAGAGUAUACAGCAUGUGAUAAGGAGAAUCGAACAUUUGCAUCGAAAGAGAAGGUGGUGCUAGAUCUCGAUCAAGAGUCCGAAUCCGUAGAUAUGCUGGAGGAGUUCGAUGAUUAUGCUGAUAAUGUGUAUUCAGCAUCAACGAAAAAGUCCGAGCUAGAAAAGUAUUUAGAUGAGACAAGGAGUGAUAGAAAGACGAACUUGGACAUUCUUGAGUAUUGGAAGAUUAACUCCCAACGAUAUCCAACAGUUGCUAGGAUGGCUCGUGAUGUUUUGAGUAUUCCCGUAUCCACAGUUGCAUCCGAGGCAGCAUUCAGCUGUGGAGGUCGUGUUCUUGAUCAGUAUCGGAGUUCUUUGAAGCCCGAACUUGUGGAAGCACUCAUGUGCUAUCGAGAUUGGCUUUAUGGAUUAGCCGAUGGUAGUGGAAUUUCCGUGGAUCAACUCACCGAGGAUGUAAUGAACCUAAAUAUUAGCGACGAGCUAUCAACUCAAGGGUCCAAUACUGUGGUUAAUCGAGGGAGAGAUUAACUGGGAAGCGGGCCAUAAUCUCCAAGUGAAGUAACAAAACUUCAAUGGCAUUUUUUGGUUGGUGGGGACUUUGAUUGACUCUCCACAAAGUGAUUUUUAUUUGAGGGAACUUCCUCCGUCCGGGGCCGUGGCUGGACCGUCUACAUUUUCCGGGGAUGGAUGGGUCAUAGGUCGGUUUGCUAGCCGCUACUUGGAUUGGCUCGUUGUUCAAUGUUAUCUUAUAUUCUAGGCGUGUUUUUAGGCAUUGAACAAACUGGAAUGUUAUUGAUUGUUAUGGCAUUGAACAUUUGAACAGGAAUGCUGUAAAUGUGUUUUUGGGCAUUGAACUGGAAUGUUAUUGACUGUUUUAGCAUUGAACAUGAAUGUUAAAGAUGUGUUUUUCA